AUGAACAUAGAACGAUUGAUCAGUAAUCCGGACCCAGUAAUAAGACAAAGAUAUUCGCAAUUACCACAAAUGUUAUCUUGUAUUGACACGACAUCACACCAUCAUAAAGGACGCCUCACCUCUACUUUAAUAAACGCACGACAAACACCUCCAACGCAACGUGGUUACCAACUUCGCCGACAUGUUUCACCACCACAACAUUCUUCUCAUCAAAUGCUACAAUCCUCUAUGGCCCCCCCCAAUUUCUUUGCACCAUCAACAGAUAGCACCAGCGCCUCAAUCAGCACAAAUGCCAAUAACCCCCACAUCCUUUCGGAACAAAAACGCCGAGAGAAUAUCAAUUCAGGAUUUGAAGAAUUGAAGGCUGUCCAUUAUAUCCAGACACUUGAAUCGGAAAUUCAAAAAUUUAAACAGUCAUGUGAGAAUCCAACAACUCCAAACGCAUCCACGACACCACCCUUGGCAUCGCCCGCGAUGUCUACCAAAUCCAUGACCAUAAAUAAUAACACGAAUGGAAAUUUAUCAUUACCGCCCAUUUCAGUAACAUUGCCGGGAUCAUCAUCUCCAAGACAAGUACAAAUGCACGAAAAUGCUGACGACUCUUCUGUAUUUGCUCUCCAAAGGUCGAGGUUGAUCGAAAAAAAUAUGCAACAGCAGCAUCAUGCGGAUCAAUGGCGAUCACCGCCUUGUCAAUCGCACUAUCAACAGCGUCAAAACUAUCAAAGAACCUUUACUCAUCCCAUACCCAGGUUUCAUAGUCAAUAUCACAAUGAAAAUUUAAAGUCCGAUUGGAAUUGUGAAAAUGUUGGAAGUUACAAUAAUCAUGAUCAUGACAAAGCAUAUCAAUAUCAUCGACCCAAUCAGAAUCAGGAUAAUCUGUCACAAACUUAUCGACAGCGUUAA